CACUGAAGUCCACGGCGACCCUUUCGCCUGGUGGAUGGGACAGUUCUUUAAGUAUGCCCUGAGAAUGACCCAGGGAUUCCAGGAGUAUGUUGAGAAGCUUAGUGAUCGUCUAGGCUUCAAGGGUCCUAUUGUUGGAGUGCAAGUCAGAAGAACAGACAAGCUGCGUCACGACUCCAGACUCAUAGGACUGAAUGAAUACAUGCAGGCCGUGGACGACUUUUUCGACGACCUGGAGUUUCGAGGGACGAAGGUGACGACUCGUAGAAUCUAUCUGGCCACAGACGACCCGCAAGUCCUCACGGAAGCGAAGAAAUUCUCCAACCACACCUUUCUGUACAACAAGGAGAGCAUCGCCACCGCUAGUUUGAGCCAGAGGAGGAGCGAGGCCAACGUCAAGAAUUUCAUGGCUGAUAUUUACUUCCUCUCUCGCUCAGAUUUCCUCGUGUGCGGCAUGUCGUCCAAUAUAUGCCGACUGGCCUACGAGCUCAUGCAGACCCUCCACCCGGACGCCUCCAGGAAGGUCUUCUCCGUCGAUGCGCCUUAUUGGUUCCACUUCCAGAGCAAACACGAGGUGGAGGCGAGGUACCCCCACACGCCUCGCAGAGAAGGCGAGCUCGAGCUGCAGAAGGGAGACCGCGUGAGGGAGGUCCUGAGGUACUACAGCAGCCACCGCAACUUCCACGACGGCUUCCUCCACGGGGUCAAUCAGAGAACGAACAAAGGCGGCUUGUACCCGGUCUACAAGACGGUGGAUGUCCUGCGGGUCGCGGACACGCCGCCCUUCGACGCGAUUGAUAAGAGGGACGAGUAAUUGGGUUAGGGUCGAGCAAGAGAGUUGUUUAUUGAAGAAAUCUGCGUUUUUCCUUCUUUCUUCUUCUUGCUUUGUUUCCUCUUUUAAUUAUAUAUUUUCAAUACUCUUUU